GUUUUAUUGUAUGUGAUCUGAAAAUGUGGCAACAUAUUCAAAGCGUGUAGAUGAGAAAGGAAAGGUUUGGAAACGUGAAAAGCGGGAAUUGUUUACAGAAUGACACGAGGAAACACUGAAUUAGGAGACAUAACUCCUCACAACAUUAAGCAACUGAAGCUCCUGAACCAGGUUGUCUUUCCUGUCACGUACAACGACAAAUUCUAUAAAGAUGUUCUAGAGGUGGGAGAAUUAGCAAAACUAGCGUAUUUCAAUGACAUAGUGGUGGGGGCAGUGUGUUGCCGAGUGGAUACCUCAGACCAACAGAGACGUCUGUACAUCAUGACACUGGGCUGUCUGGCUCCAUACAGAAGACUAGGCAUUGGUACCACAAUGGUGGAACACGUCCUGAAGAUCUGUGAAGAAGAUAAUAAUUUUGAUAAUGUGUUUUUACAUGUCCAAGUGAACAAUGAAAGUGCAAUUAAAUUCUAUGAGAAGUUUGGUUUCGAGAUUGUAGAAGAAAAGAAGAAUUAUUAUAAACGUAUAGAGCCAGCUGAUGCGUAUGUGUUACAAAAGUCGUUCCGUAAAAAAGACAAAAGUGAAAGUAAAGACGGUAAGGAACAGGACGGAGAAAACUGAAACCAAGGAACUCCCUGUAUUUACUUUAUCAUCUUUUGCUUUGUUUUGCAAGGACUUGUAUAUUUUUUUAUUGUACAGAUAUUCAUUUUCAGAGCUAAGAACACAAGGGAGAUAAACUACUUUUGAGAAUUCAGUAUCAACAUAUAAAUAUUACUACUUCACUUCUCUUGCAGAAAUAUUUCCUUUUGUUUUAUUUUUCAAUUAUAAUUUUAUUUUUUACUUACAUAUACAUGUACCGUAUAUACUCGCCUAUAAGUCAGAUUUUUGGGAGUUAAACUUGGGUCCAAACUCUAGGUCCGACUUAUAAGCGAGUUAAAAAAAGACUGGCAUUUUAGAAGGUCAGUCCCUCUAAUGUAAGCUUAAAAAAUACAUCCGACUUAUUAGCGGACCGACUUAGGGAGUACAUACGGUACAUCUUAUAAUUUUUCAAAAUAAUAUUUAUAAAUGAAGCUAAGAAUUCCACCAUCUGAAAAGGAAUUAAAAAACAACAACAAAGGUUUACUGAAUAAAAUAUGAAAUGCUGUAUGUAUGUUCUCUAAAACAUGCGUAAAUGUUCCUUCAUUGUUGCAUUUAUUUUGUGAAAAACAUUCAUAUGUAUACAGUGUAUAUUAUCUUUUUCUUCUCAUAUAAAUCUGAAUAAUCAGUUAA